GGACAGACUCUGUAUAAAUGGUGGACAGACUGUAAAUUUGAGUCGCCUUUAAAUAUUAAACAUGAACCAAAUUGCUGCCAAACAUUCCAUCUGACAUCUUCAUCCAUGCCACUUGUAAGUCACUGCAUGAUUCCUAUCAAUUCACAAUCUGUUGUUGCAGUAACUUUCAUGUGUCAAUUCCCGACAAACACUGCCAGUUUAUUGAAGGCCACUCCCAACAAACCCACUCUUGAUGCACUUGGAUUGUAGAUGACAAUCUAGAUCUAUGAGCAGCUACAUUCCUGAUAGAUAACCAUUUGAUUGAUUACUGUUUUGUGCUAAUCCCACCUGUAUCUUGUAUACUCGACCAAACCUACAACAAAUCGUGGCUGCAACUACUGAUGGUUACUGUUGCUAUCAGGAAUACGCUCUUCAAUUCAGAGGCCAGAAUCCAGACCCAGGACCAUGGAAACUCCCUCGCUCAGUAGCUAUAAGACCCAAUGAAUCCCUUGGCAUUUCUGAGCUGCCUAUCCAGCGAGUGCGUCGCUCCAAAAGACUGCCUUAUACGUUCAAUUUGAUGGUCGUUGGUAAGAUACUGACAAGACAAUGGUGUCCUGAGUGAGGGUCGUGGACAAAAGAAUUUGUCGGCUUCAAAAACCGUCACUGUCAAUCCUACCACUUAUGAGUUGACUGAAGAAGGAGUAACUUUGAUGCUAACUGUCAUUGAUACACCUGGAUUUGGCGACCAACUCAAUCGUGAAACAAACUUCGAACCUAUAAUCAAUUAUAUUGAUUCACAGUACGACCAGUAUCUUGCCGCCGAAAAGAGUCAGCAGGUUCGUCAAAACAUCCCCGACACCCGUGUGCACGCUCUUUUGUAUUUUCUUCCCCCAACUGGCGGUAGUCGGCAAUUUGGCAUUUUUAGUCUUCGCGAUCUUGAUCUGGAGUUUCUUCAGCGUCUCUCUGCCAAAGUAAAUGUUGUUCCUGUUAUUGGAAAGGCAGAUUCAUUAGCCCCAGAAGAGGCUAUUGCCUAUAAGCAAGCGAUUUUACGCGAUUUUGGUACAUAUGACAUCCGUGUUUAUCCCAAUCACCAUGCAGAAGAUCGCGACUUUGUUCCAAAUAUUGAGAGAUAUAUUCCUUUUACUGUUAUUGGAAGCGACUCUCUUGUCAACGUUGGAGGAAAGGAAGUUCGCGGCAGAUCCUAUAGAUGGGGCACUGUCGAAGUUGAAAAUCCAGCUCACUGUGACUUUGUUCAUCUUCGCGAGCUUUUGAUCAGAACCAACAUGCAAGAUCUCAUUGAUACAACCCAUACUGUCCACUAUUCGCAGUAUCGU